AACUGUGUCGACCCUACGUUAGUGAGAUGAGGACAAAGAUGUUGAUCUGUACUUAGCUGUGAUCUGCAGGAAAUUAACAUGUUUAUUUUAAAUAUUUCAACAUUGUAUACAUUAAAAUUUAGGUUAUAAUAGGCAUAAGUUGGCCCCCACUUUCAUAAUUAUUAAAGUUGAAAUUUGGUAAGGCCAUUUUGAACAAUCAACACGUGAAACCUUAAUAAUUGUACCUUCAUUUAUAUCGUUUUCUUAUCAGCAUUUGUUGUCUUAAUGAAACGUAUAAAACAUAGCGGCAUCUUGUAUUUAAACAACGCGUAAAUGUCACCAGCUAAUCGUGUAGUGGCGCGAAAAUUGACAGAACGCCGUUUGUUUUAAAAUAAUUGUCAAAUGUUUUUGUGUUUUUCGGUACAAAGUAAAUUUAUAGCUUUUUAUUAAAAAUAAAUUAAAGUGGCACAGAAGAGCUUUGCAAGAAUUAAGAAAGAUGAUAUUUAAAACGUUAUGUUUUCUACUUGCUGUUAACUACGGAGUAAUGCAAGAUCGUAAUUGUGACUUUUUUCAAAACGUGGAGCCGAACCAGAUAUACUCCGUGUAUAGCCCGGGGUAUCCUCGCAACUACACCCCGGGGGUACAGUGCCGGUGGUACGGCGUCUGUCCUAACGGAUACCACUGCAGGCUAGAUUGCCCGGAUAUUAAUCUGCCCCGGAGCAACAUGUGUUCAAUGGAUCGCCUGCUGAUAUCAAGAACUGGAGAUCCUCAGCUGUCAUCUGCAGAGUACUACUGCGGUCGUGGCACACUCAGCGUCACGUCUGUCGCACAGAGAUUGUCAAUCGGUUUGUCAACGUCAUCCAACAGCACCGGCGGACGCUUCGCCUGUGAACUGAGAGCACAGCAAUAGCAGGGAUUUGACAAUUCUAGACCAAUAGUCAGUUAUUAAUAAUAUAAAUGUUUAUGCACCAAUGCUUUAUACAUGUUGUGUUUAUCUGUAAGUGAAAUUACAUGUUGCCUGAAACCUUUUGUAAUAGUGCCUAAAAUAUAUAUAAGAACACAUGUACUUUUGUUGACGAACCAAAUAAAUAAAUAAAUGAUUACAAAUUGCAUUGCACAUUUAAAAGAAAAAAA